GUCAGAGGAGGGAGAGAGCGCUCAAGCGCUAGAGCAGAAGUGAGCGCGCAAGCACUGCGGAGCGACGCGCACUGGAGCAAAAUAGCUGCGACGCGCGCACCGCUACUCGUCCGUAUUGGACAGCGGGCAUCAUUUGUUUAUAGACGAGCGCAAUAAUAACGGCAAACAAAUCGGACGUUUUGCAUAUAGUUGGAAGCGAAUGUUUUAUUUCGCCUCCUGGAAGAAACAGACGCGGCGCAGACAUCUACAGCGGAUGCUUUUUCGUAUACAGACGCGUGAAUCGCUGCACUUCAAGUGGUGAUGUUUCACUAAAGCACCAGUUCCCAUCAUCUCCCUCUGGUAACAGAGCCCAGCCUUGCAACUGUACCUCCACUCCUCGAUCCAAAAUGGCUGCCACCAAAAGCGGUUACGACGGCAAAAUAGCUGGCUUAUACGACCUGGACCGCACGCUGGGCAAAGGCCAUUUCGCAGUGGUCAAACUCGCCCGUCACGUCUUCACAGGCCAACUAGUAGCGGUCAAAGUCAUCGACAAGACCAAACUCGACGACAUGGCGACCGGCCAUCUCCUACAGGAAGUCCGCUGCAUGAAACUGGUCCAGCAUCCCAACGUGGUGCGACUUUACGAAGUCAUCGAUACGCAAACCAAGCUCUACCUCAUCCUGGAGCUGGGCGACGGAGGCGACAUGUUCGAUUACAUCUUGCGUCACGAAGGCGGGGUGGCCGAAGACACCGCCAAAAUGCAUUUUGCCCAGAUCGUCCGAGCGAUCUCCUACUGUCACCGUCUCCAUGUCGUGCACAGAGAUCUGAAGCCUGAGAACGUGGUCUUCUUCCGGCAACAGGGGACGGUGAAGUUAACAGAUUUCGGCUUCAGUAAUCACUUUAAGCCCGGGACCAUGUUGAUGACCAGCUGUGGUUCUCUGGCGUACUCCGCCCCAGAAAUCUUGCUUGGGGAAGAAUACGACGCUCCUGCAGUGGAUAUCUGGUCACUGGGUGUGAUUCUCUACAUGCUGGUGUGUGGACGCCCACCAUUUCAAGAGGCAAAUGACAGCGAGACCCUCAUCAUGAUCAUGGACUGUUGCUACACCGUACCCGACCACAUCUCUCCAGAAUGCAAAGAUUUGGUUUCGCGUAUGCUGCAGAGGGAUCCUGCUAAGCGUGCAUCUCUCACCGAGAUAGAGGGCCAUCCUUGGUUGCAGGGGGUUGACCCCUCGCCCAUUGGGAAAACGGCCGCCCCACUCAACUCCCACCACAGUUUGUUACCAGAGGAACACGAGUUCAUACUUCAGGCCAUGACCAGUGGCAAAAUUGCGGAUCGUGAUGCCAUUCAGGAAGCACUGGAUGCUGACAGAUAUAACCACAUCACAGCCACGUACUACCUUCUGGCAGAGCGACUUCUCCGAGAAAAACAGGAGCAGUCUAGUCUCACUCUUGAACAAAGACAUCCAAGGAGACCCAUGUCAGAACCACUGGACUUAGUGAGUCAAGUUCCCCAGGCUGAUACCCUGAGAGGAGCCCCUUUUGGCCCUUUAGAUUCUCUGAGCUCUCUCUCUUCUGGAUACGCCCGAAAGGGUGUGAGUGAGUCCGGCGACUUACUGGCUCCCAGAUCAAACCGUCAUGACAAUUCCUUCAGUGACUUUUGUAGCCCUGCUCCAUGUUUAAGUCUCAGCUUGCGCCCUCUACCUCCAGACCAACCCACUGUCAAGAGCCUUGGGGCCUUACAGCAGAUCUGUGAGGAAGAAGAGGACGAGGAGGAUGGUGAGGUCAAGCACGAGGCGGCACCCGGUAAACUGACUCUACUUCCUUCCACAGAUCUCUGUGCGAAACCUUCCAGAACAGUUCUACAAUCAGAGAAUCAGCGGAGAACCGGGAGGCCAAAAGCUAAGGUGAGAAACUGUGAAACUCUGUCUGAGGUGGAGGAAUCUGAGGAAGGUGCUGAAAAGCAGAAGCUGGAAUCAGCGGCUAUCUUUACUACCAUCACCUUGGAACAUCAGUUAGAGAAGAUCACAAAGACUGAUGCGCCUUUAGAAGAGAUAAACCAUACAGAGCAACCGGGCAGAGCAAGAGACAAAACAGUUUUUACCUAUGAACAUGAUGGAAAACACAAUCCAGGCCUGAAGACUAAUGCACCACCGCCGGCUCCCAGGCUGGAUGUCGUGCAGUGCUGCUGGGGACAUCGUGAACCUUCAAGGGACGUGUUAGAAAACAACAACAACACCCCAGCCAAAUCCAAGUUACUUGAAGUUGGGGUGGUCUCAACCCCUUGCGGUUCCCCAAGGUCCUUACCUAGGAACCACUGUGUGGACCUAGGUCCAGAUGGGGUGGAGAUGCGCAAGACUACGGGAGAAUCUGAGAAACCGGAGGAGGUACAGCCUAAACCUCAGAAAGGCCUCCAAGAAAAUAGGGAUACAGCUACAGACCCUGCUAUCCGGGCUGACCCUAACAAGGUAAAAAACGUGAACUUGAGAGAACGUCUCCUGCAGUUUCCACUCUGUGAAAAGGCCUUGUCCUUCAACAUCCAGCCCACGUCUAAAGAGAAGCUUCUUCCAUUUGCACAGUAUAACUGCUGUCAUGUGUUAUAGAGAAGGAUGUAAAAUAUGAGAACAAAGUCCCUUCAAGUUGUGUGGACACUUAAGGACAAUGUGUCCUCACCUCAAACCGUAACCUCAAAGGUGCUUUAGCUACACAAUCUACUUACCUUUCUUUCCUUACCCAGCAUUUCUUGCUGCUAUCCUGUAUGACAAAUAACCUCUUAGCCAUGCUGUGUAUAUGAACACCUGUAUCUACCGACACUGCUCACUAUAUUCCGUGCUAUCUCAGAGACUUUAAUAAGAAGUAGAAUAUGUCUUGCCAGCAGAGGGGGUUCAAUUCAAUACCUUGUCAUCUUUGCACUGUAAUAUCUUCAUCACGUAGAAGUUUAGAGGUGAAAGUGCAUCACUCAUGAGGUGAAAGAUCAUCCUUCAUAGUAAGACAGAGUUAACGUAACAGAGUAAACAGAAGCAAACCUGAGUAUGUUAAAAUAUCAGUUGUGGAAUCGACUGUUGCUCGGUCAGGAGCUAUGAAGCAGAGUUCUUGGUAAUCACUGAAUUUUCAAGUUGCAUGUUUGUUAUAGUUGUUCUCACCUAACCGCCUUUUGCUAGUGUUAGCUAGCACCUUUACCCCCUGACAGCUGGGCAAGACACAAAACAGUCGGCCAUAUUGAUACAGUGAACAGUGAUAGCGCAUGCUAAUACAGCUUAGCUUAGCAUCAACAUUUCAUUAGCUGGGGGUCGAACCGGGGAAAGAUGCUUAAUAUAUCUGUGAUGUAUUUAAAGAUAAAAUGAAAGAUUAUCUUGACAGAGUUUGUAUGAAACGGACGCAAUAUUACAGGCGAGCAGAAGGCUGGUUUUCCCAGAGGAAUAUUUUGGGAGUUUGUUUUAAAACUGCUAAUUCUGGGAAAUAUUAUAAAGCUUUUAACCGUUCGAGUGAUGACGAAGGUUUUUUGGACAGAAUUAUUCCUUAUCUUCUUGUGAGGAGGGAGAUCUGAUCAUUUACAUUAAACAUCUAUUUUUUUCUUUCUUUGGCAUUUGCCACAACAUAUGUUGAAAUGGGAUAAGCUCUUUAAAAUUUCCAGUCAUGUACAGUGUGUAUAUACUUUUUGAACGUGUUAUACUAUUGACAUGUUUUCACCCUCACAUCACAUACGUACAAAACAUUUCAACCCCCAUUUUAGAUAUUAUUCAACGAAUAGAUUGACUUUUAUGACACCACAACUAGCCGGUGUCAUCAACGUCUGUUUAUAAAUGUCACAAACGUUUUUGUGUCAUAGCUGGUGUAAAUACAUUUGAGGAGCUAGUAAUGUAGAGCUUUAUGGCGUAGCUGAACCUAACUUAAAUCCAGUGAGAAAAUCCAGCCUUCAUGUUGCUGUGGCAUGAGUAAAGCUAACGUUUUCUUAAACCUAGAAACAGCCUAAAUACAUCACAUAGAUAGCAGAUGUGACUGUGGUUACUGUACAUUUGGUACUGCAAAGACUGUCAUAGCUAUUCUAUCACGUAUUCAUGUAUUAUAACUUCUUCACCCAUAGAUUUCAUGUCAUCAGCUUGUGAAUUACUGUAGCACGUUCCUUUUGUCACGAGUACAAAUGUUGUGCAUUUUGUUUCAAUAUCUCGGACCACAUAUAAGCUUGACCAAAUCACAAAAACACGUUAUGUAAGGUGCUUUGGAGAAAGAAGGCAAAUAUGUACUCCAUAUUCUCUGUUACAGCUGAAUUUUUGAAUUUUUCGACCAAACGUAUAUUGGGUUGAGAUAUUGGCCAAGAAUAACACAAGGUCUUAAAACAGUGCCGCUGAUCUGGGAUCAGGGUUCUCCGUUCUCAUAUUUACAAAGCUUAAUGGAAUGGAGAGACAGAAAUUCAUGAACUAUACUUUCAUAAAUCUUUUCUUUAUUUCUCAUUUGACGUGGGUCUCCAUUAUAUCAAGCAGCUGUAAACAUUUCAUGAUGAACAUCAGAUUUUGGUUUGUCAGUAGUCCCAUUGACCCUUAACUAAAAGACUGUGUCUCAAUGAGAUUAAUUUAUUUUUAUAUUUAUUUAUUAAAACUGAUUAAACUGC